AUGUUCAAAAGUCUUAUACCAAUUAAACUAUUUUACACUUCUGAAUUUUACCGGAUUUACAAUAAAAUUAGUAGGAAUAAAUCUUUAAGCUUGUUUUUGAUACUGAUUUCUUAAUCAUAGAUAUACUAUUUAAUAUGCCAUCCCUUUUCUAAGCUUUUUCAAAUAUAUGCAAAACCCCUUUUUUUGUUUAACAAAUUCUUUUAGAAUAUCAAUCUUGACUUUCAAUUUGAUAACACUGAAAUAUGGUCUGAACUUUUCUUGAUUUUAAUGUUGGCUUUGCAAUUAUUAUAUUUUUUGUGUUUUAUCCAUCUUUACUAUAGUUAAAGAAUUAAAGUUAGGAAUCAGCUCUUGAGGAAAUAGUUUUCGUCACUUUAGUAACGGGACUCAGAAAAUGAAUCAAAUAGUGCAAUCAAUUUGAUUUAAGUAUCUGAAAUUUAUAUAUCAUUUGGAACAAGGAUUUACAAAUAAUUGUUUCAUUAUCCAAUUAUUCAAUUGGCCUUCCGAUAAAUAUUCACAUUAUCAAACUAAAAUUCUGAUUUGAAUUCUUAUUAAAUUUUAGUAUUAAUCAUCACCUACUUAGUAUUCUCACUUAAUAUCUUAUUCUAUAUUCUGAACGAAACACAUAACAUCCAAUACUCAUUCAAAAAGGUAGAUUAUCUAUCCCGUUUUUAUUCAUUUGGCACUCUGCUGCAAUCAUUCACAAUAGAAACCAUGAUAAUUGUGGUUUCAAUUUUAGAUAAUUUAGGAAUGGAUGAGAUGGUCACUUUGAUGAUUCAAAUAACCCUGCUGACUCUAAUUUUAAUAUUAUCCUAUAAAAACCCAUAAUAUUAAGAGGAAUUGGUAAAUAAAAUUCAGAUAUAAUCUUUUUCCCUUUAUUUAUCCAUUAUUUUGUGUAUACUCAUAUUUGCGGAAGGACUUCACUAGGAUUUUUCGGAAUUGAUAAUGAUAAUACUUCCAUUUGUAUUUGAGAUUUCUAAGUUAACAUUACGAAAAUAGGAGAACAAGACGCAAAAUUUAAGUUAUGAAAAUAAGAAUUUCGAUUGUUUGAUGAUGAACAUUUAUAAUCAGUGCUAAGAAACUCUAGGUAGAAAUGGAAUAUUGUUAAAUGAAAGUAAAUAAGAAUUGCCAAAAAAUUUAAAUCUUUAUUCAUUUUCCACCAACCAUUUAAUUAAUUGCGAAAAUGUAAUCGAUUGUUUUUGUUGCUGCUACAAAAAGCAAGAUGAUCGCUUUACUUCUCGAUCAAUAAUUUAAACAAUAUGUAAAGGAAUUAAUAAGAUUCCAUUACGAAUUAAAAUUAUUGAGUUUAAACAAAAAUAAUUCGUAACAAUAUGUCAAAAGCUACUUUUAUUAUAUCCUAUACAUAUCAAAAGGUGA